CCUCAGUCUGAACUGAAGACAAGACGCCUUUCUGGAAGCAAGCGUUUCAUUUAUCCCUUCUCCUUCUCCUCCCUUGUCAUUUAUCACGGAUGAACCCACCCCUCAAAUUCUCAAUUCAUUCCCCUACUCGAUUCCCCCUCGCCAUCAAUUUCUUCCCCCUCGACAUCUUCAGAGUGGGAAUUUACAGAGACCGCCAAAGCAAGAUGCAUAUACUGAAUUUGUAUAAACCCUCUCCCGGACUUCUUUGGAAAUGCUGUGGACCUUCAGAUUUGCGGAGCUACUCUAGUGGACUGAUACAAAUCUCUACCUCUACUGCUCACGGCUUGGUUUCCAGGAAAAUUACUGCAAUGUCUGCAUCUGUGACAAAAGGUUCUGGGAUAUCAAUUAAAUCGAUGGCAAUACAGCCUCCAUCUCACCCUACCUAUGAUUUGAGAGGCAUCAUCAAGUUAGCCCUUGCAGAAGAUUCUGCUGACUUCGGUGAUGUAACAUCUCUGGCAACCAUCCCUUCAGACAUUGUAGUGGAUGCUUUCUUCUUGGCAAAAGAGGAUGGCACUGUUGCUGGUAUUGCUCUUGCAGACAUGGUAUUCCAGGAGGUUGAUCCUUCUAUUAGGGUGGAAUGGUCUCAGAAGGAUGGGGAUUAUAUUCAUAAAGGACUACAAUUUGGAAAAGUUUCUGGGCAGGCACGAAGCAUCCUUAUAGCUGAAAGGGUGGCACUAAACUUUAUGCAGAGGAUGAGUGGAAUUGCAACUUUAACUAAGGCAAUGGCAGAUGCUGCAAGCCCUGCACGUAUUCUGGAAACGAGGAAAACAGCCCCAGGCUUACGUUUGGUGGAUAAGUGGGCGGUGUUAAUCGGUGGAGGUCAAAAUCACCGGAUGGGGCUAUUUGAUAUGGUGUUGAUAAAAGAUAAUCAUAUAUCAGCAGCUGGAAGCAUUAUAAAUGCCAUUAAAUCUGUUGACUUGUAUCUGCAACAAAGAAAUCUUAAAAUGGACGUUGAGGUUGAGACCAGGACUCUUGAGGAAGUACAUGAGGUACUACACUAUGCAACUCAAAAGAAGACGUCCUUGACUAGGAUGAUGUUGGAUAAUAUGGUAGUUCCACUCCCAAAUGGCGAUGUUGAUGUGGCCAUGCUUAAGGAAGCUGUUGACAUUAUCAAUGGGAGAUUUGAGACCGAGGCUUCAGGAAAUGUUACUCUGCACACUGUACAGAAAAUUGGACAAACUGGGGUUACUUACAUAUCCAGUGGUGCGCUGACACAUUCUGUGAAAGCUCUUGAUAUCUCUCUCAAGAUUGACACGGAGUUGGCCCUUCAAGUUGGAAGACGUACAAAGCGAGCCUGAUUGGAUCCCCACGUAUUUGGGACCAGGGGAGGUGCUUUGGCUUCCACCACUUUUACUUUUUACCUGUGAGUUCUCCAUUUCCUGUGAAACAAACCAUUAAAUAAGACCGGGUCGAAAAAUUUCACUACUAGACGAGUACCAUAUUUCUUUUGUUCACACUAUAAUUUUGUCUCGAUAAAUAAUUUUUAAUGUUGGUGGACUCAUAGCAAGCAACGAAGAGAAAGAGUAUCCAUACUCUCGGAAUAGUACCAGGGUUGAAAUAAAUCGAACCAAUCUGAACCGAACCAGUUCGGUAGUACCAUGAAAUUUUCCCUCUCUUAGCCGCCAACUGAAACUUUAUCUCAUCUAUUAUUUGAUCUCCAACCAAAAGUUUUUUCCUUUUUAUCAAUACCUCUCUCUCUCUCUCUCCUGGUUGGUUCUGACUGAAGUUAUAAUUGUAGUCAAAAUGUUGAAGGGGUGAGACACGAGAGUUAUGCUUUUUUGUGUACAAUACUUGACCCACUUUUAUAGGACUAAGAUGUUGGCUUCUAUAUUUAUUUUAUAUUUACUUUUUCUUUGUUUAAGGGAUCAAUCUUAUUUAAAUGUCAAAUUUAAGUAUGGAAGUUUAUAAUUAGUUGGAUUAA